CUCUUCUUCAUCCACAUCCCACGCGUCGGCAUGGUGGCCUUUGGUCUAAUACAGCCCCUCCUCGUGCAAACCACAAUCGAGUACAUCCAAAACCACAAUGAGGAGCCCAUCAGCUACGGCCAGGCUCUCGUUGCCGCAUUCGCCAUCACAUAUCUUGGGCUAGCCAUCUCCACCAGAUGGUCCGGUCAACUCACCCACCGCCUCAUCACCCGCAUCCGAGGCGCCCUGAUUGGUAUUAUCUAUCAAAGCAUGCUCACACUCCGCGCGGAGACUGGUAACUCUCAGGCGGCGGUCGCGCUGAUGAGCACUGAGGUCGAGCGCAUCACUGUAGCUGCUCAGUGGUGUGUCGCUAUCAUCCCUAAUCUUAUCCAGUUGGGGUUCGCCAUGUGGAUUAUGAGCGAGCAGCUUGGGGCUGUCAGCGUUGCUCCGAUCAUUAUUGCGCUUCUCAGUGUGUCUGCCGGCAUGAGAACGGGCCAGUUGAUUCCGCCACGCCAGCGGAGGUGGAUGCAGGCGAUUCAGAAGCGAGUUGGCAUCACCACCGAAAUUAUCGGCUCGGUCAAGGGCGUCAAGAUGAGCGGUCUGACUAGCACAGUCCAGGACCAGGUUCAAGGUCUUCGAGACUUUGAGCUCGACGAGUCCAAAAAGUUCAGGAGAGUACAGAUUCUCAAUGUGCUCAUAGGACAAUUCCCAUCGAUCAUGACUCCGUCCAUCACCUUCGCCGCUUUCGGUAUCAUCUCAAAAUUAUCUGGCGGCCAGCCGCUCAAUGUGGUUCAGGCUUUUACAUCCCUCAGUCUGCUCGGCAUCCUGAUCAACCCCGUCUCCGAGCUCGUCAUGAUCCCAAAUAACCUCGGAGCCGCGAUCGGUUGCCUUGACAGGAUCCAAGAAUACCUCGUCAAAGAGAAGCGGGAAGAUUACCGCCUUGUAAAAUCAAAGACAUCUCCGGACCCCGCCGUGCAGGGAAGCGAUGGAAUCCGCGAGCCGCUCCAGCCCCGACCGCUGAUCAAAGUCCCGGACGGUUCCUUCGGCUGGCACAAAGACCAAGCCAUUCUCAAGUCCCUGGACCUCGAGAUCCACCCAGGGAGCCUUACAAUCCUCAUCGGACCCGUCGGCUCCGGGAAAUCUACCCUGCUCAAGUCCCUCGUGGGGGAGACCUACCGCAUCUCGGGGUCGGUAGAGUACACAAGCUCAACAGACGUGGCAUACUGUGACCAGGACCCCUGGAUCCUGAACCAAAGCAUCAAGGAAAACAUCAUUGGUGGCGUGGCUACGCAAGAGACGUCCGACUUUUAUGACAAGGUUAUCCAGGCCUGUCAAUUAGACGAAGAUCUCAAUCUCCUCCCGCAAGGCGACGAGAGUAUAGUCGGAAGCUCGGGUUCGGCUCUUAGUGGUGGUCAGAAGCACCGGAUUGCCCUUGCUAGAGCCGUCUAUAGCGGAAAGCAAAUCAUCAUGAUGGACGACAAUCUGAAAGGUCUCGACUCUAAGACGGCUUCGAAAUGCUUCCAUGCGCUGUUUGGGACCGAUGGACUCUUGCGUGGGCAAGGGAGAGCCGUCGUCUUUGCGACGCACAAUGCCCAAUGGCUUCGGUCCGCGGACAAUAUCAUUUCCCUAGGCGGCGACGGAACCCUCUCAGAGACAGGCUUGUACAAAGACCUCUGCAAGACUGGAGGCUACGUCAGCACUUUGAAAAUUACUCACAAGAACGACCACCAAGAUAAUGACACAGCGGAAGUAGAAGAGACUCAGAGGAGUGCCGACAAGAAGGACAAGGCUGCCACAAUCCAGAAGCCAGAUGACUUGGUCAAGGCUAAAACCCGCGGCGCUGCGAACACGAGUUCCCUGCUGUACUACAUCAAGUCAAUGGGUAUUACACCCUUUGGGCUUUUUUUCGCCAUGGCCAUCUUUCAGACUAUCUGCAGAAUCAUGCAACGCCUCUGGGUCAAGUUUUGGGUCGCUGCCAAUGAGGAUGGAGGACAAGAGAAUCUGGGAAUGUGGGUGGGCGUCUACAUCCUUUGGGGUGUCUUGACGGAGUUGGCGCUUGCCGUCGAAUGCUACUACUUCCUCGUUGUAAUUGUUCCUCACUCGGCCAAGGGGCUUCACUUCAGCGUCCUCAAAUCCGCUCUCUCCGCGCCCCUGUCUUUCUUCGUUAAGACAGAUACAGGUAUCAUCAUCAACCGCUUCAGUCAGGACAUGAACCUCGUCGACUUGCCCCUACCCCUUGCCUUCAUGCUAACCUUCGACAACCUCACCCUCGCAAUAGCAGACAUAACCCUAACAACCCUCGCCACACCCACCCUAUCCCUCUCCAUCCCCUUUCUCAUCCUCCUCCUCUACCUCCUCCAACGAAUCUACCUCCAAACAUCCCGCCAAAUUCGCCUCCUUGACCUCGAGACAAAAUCACCUCUCUUCUCCCACUUCAUCGCCUCCGCCACCGGCCUAGUCACCAUCCGCGCUCUCGGGCCAAGAUGGACAUCUCGCGUGCAAGCCCAGAACCUCCAACGGCUAGAUCUCUCCCAGAGGGCGUUUUACGCCAUGGGGAGUUUGCAGAAGUGGCUUCUACUAGUACUGAACCUUGUUGUGGCUGCGCUGGCGGUGUUGCUUGUGGCAUCUGCUGUCAUCUUGAGGGACCGAGUCGACGCGGGGUUGCUUGGUGUGGCGCUCGUGAGUGUCAUGACGUUCGGGCAGUUGCUGACGCAGUUGUUGAAUUAUUGGGCGCAGUUGGAAACUAGCCUAGGGGCUGUGGCGAGGAUUAGGGAGUUUGAGGCGGAGACACCUUCGGAGGAGAAAGAAGACAACGAUGAAGAUCCCGCCGUGAAGGGGAAGUGGCCUUCCAAGGGACAGAUUGUUAUCGGGAACGUCUCGGCCGCGUAUGAUGAUCAUCAGGUUCUCAGUGCCGUCAAUCUCUCCAUCAAGCCUGGAGAGAAGGUGGCCAUCUGCGGACGAACGGGAAGUGGCAAGUCGACGCUUCUUGCGCUUCUUCUGCGACUGCAUGAGCUGUCUGCUGGUGUGAUUGAGAUAGAUGGCUUGAAUAUUCGCAGUGUACCCGUCACGCGGCUGCGUGAAUCGCUUGUCGCUCUGCCACAGGAUCCGCUCUUCCUGCCUGGAACCGUCCGUCGAAACCUCGACCCUUUUGAGUCUUGCAAAGGUGAUGCCGACAUCUGGGAAGCGUUGGAGAAGACUGGACUGAAGGCUCUAUUCGAAGAUAAGGGCGGUAUUGAGGCUGAUCUCAACACUGACUGGUUGAGCGCGGGACAGAAGCAGCUGUUCUGCAUGGCGAGGGCCAUCUUGAGAGAUAGUCGUGUCUUGCUGCUUGAUGAGGCGACAAGCAGUCUGGAUCAAGCCACGGAACGGGUCGUGCAAGACCUCAUCGGUAGCGAGUUCCAAGGCUGGACAGUCAUCGUCAUUGCUCAUCGGCUACGGGCUAUCCUGGACUUUGACAAGGUUGUGACGCUCCAGGACGGGAAGGUCGUGGAGUUUGAUAGUCCCAAGAAGCUGCUUGAGAAUGGCGGCAUCUUUGCCGCUAUGUGGAAGCUACAAGAAGGUUGAGUGAUUCCUGUCCCCCGUCGGAUAUCGUUUCCUGUGCGUUGCUGGCGUGCAAAACCGGUUGCGGUGACGGAGCCAAGCCUCUCCUUUCAUCUACUAGUUCGUCAUCAUAGAAGGGGGUAGGAACAUGUACUGCUAUUUAGAUUGA